CUCUUAAAACAAAGGGAAUUGAAUGUGCAGCUCGGGUAAGCAGACGUGAGUUUUUCGUCGCUUAGCGUAAGAAUAACAACGUCUGCGAGCAGGCUAUCGGCUCGAAUGAUAACACUUACCUGGACUUUGAUAAUUUCGGAUAUCACAAAAACCUCGUCCAAUAUAUAAAUGAUUUGUUAAAUACAGAUAGUCCGUGGUAGGGCUGCACUGACAAUGUCUUAUAAAUCGGCUUGUCUAGGUUCUUUAGAAGAGGUCGUUGAGAAUCUUGUUAAGACUUGGGAAAUGGAAGCAUCACAUAAGAAGAACAUCUUACAAUGGACGACAAUAGAUCAUGGAAAUUACUGUAUUCAAACUAAUGGAGGAGAAAUACUUGAUGGCGUGAAAGCGUUUGAAAUUGGAAACUAUAAUGCACUGUUAAAAGGAUGUCCUGCUUACGAAAAGUGUAAGUGUAGUAAGAUAAUUCUUCAUUUGAGUAAAAACCGAACUCAAGGAGAACCGUUUUCACAGUAUGAAAACGGUUUGAACUUAGAAAUUGUAAUGGUGCAGAUAAUCAUACCAGUUGAGACAUUAAUUAUUUAAUUUGUACUAGCAAUUAAUUAAUUUACCUCUGUAUUUUUUGGCUUGAAAAAUGAGGCGAUACUUGUAAUGUAUAAUAUUAUAUAAUUUCUUACACACCCGACCAAGUAAUAAAAAACAACGUAAAUUUGACGCAAAAUAUAAUUGAAUGACUAAUAAAAUGAUUAAAAUCUAUUAUUAUACAUUCUACUCUAGUCACUAAACUCACUACGAGUGUGUUCUGAUUGACGGCCAAUUGACCAAUUCGAAAAUUACUGAGCUACCUCCCAAAUUUUGUAUUACUUUAUAUUUUUUCAGUAUAGAGCUAAUAAACAAUUUUUGAACAAAGAAUAUAUCAUUUCAGAAAAAUAGUAAAAAUGUAAGAUUGAAAACAAAAGCUGGCAGAAGAAUUUGUUAGUGAUUUUGUUACUUUUUAGAUGGCUUGGAUGAUCAUUUUGAAAAGUCACACGAUCUGUUUCGCGAUGCGUUAGUUAACGGUUUUCCAUGGGAAGUGCUAAACGUUUUCAGUGGUCCACCAAAUGUCGUGUUCACGUGGAGGCAUUGGGGUGAAUUCACAGGAGAAUAUCGUGGUCGUCCAGGCAACGGGGAGCUCGUUGAACUGUACGGUAUGCUUCGUGUAACCGUCAACAGUGAUUUGAAAAUUCAAAAAAUUGAGGCAUAUUUCGAUGGGACCUCAUUUCUUGAGGCAAUGGAAGGUAAAGUUGACCCAAAUGAAUUGCGUCAUGGUCGUGCGUUGCUAGGCGAUACCACAACACCAGCAAUUGAGAAGGAAUAACGUGCAUGCAUGUACUGUCUGUUUCUAAAGCACCUAUAGUGAGCCUGCUUACAUGCAGGUUAGAUUGAACUUUACUAAAUUAGCAUAUCAAAUUGCUGAUUCUGAAACUUUUUUUUAAUGUAACCAAAUGAACUGCUAUUAUGCUAUACAAUUUAAAAACACAACGUAUGUGUCAUACUUAACUUUAAUAUGAUGCACUGAUAAAUAUUACAAUAUUGUGGAG